CGCGUUGGUGUAAAGUGACAUGUACACACUUGGCCUUUACAUGCCUACUCGUGUAUAUAAACACUAACAAAUGUAACUCACAAGUCACACCUCAAAAUCAAGAACAACAAUAAACACCAAACCUUCUCUAUCAUAUUAAAAAGAAUACUAACAAUGGAGGCAAUGAAGAUGAAGCUUUUUGUGGCGGUUUUGGUUGCGAUGAUAGCGUUCUCUGCGGUUCAACAUUCGGCUGCAGCGGUUGACGCUCCGGCCCCGAGCCCCUCCUCCGAUGCCUCCUCGUUUAUCCCUACUUUCUUUGCCUCCGUCGCCGUUCUGGCAUUUGGAUUACUCUUUUAAUAAGUUUUAUCUUUUUUCUUCUUAUUUUUAACUGAAUUAAAUAAAUCAAUUAAUCUAUGUCUAAGUCAUGUAUUGUUUGUGUCUCUUUGAAUUCUUGUAAUUGAUUAAUAUUGAGUUUGGUCUCUCUC